GUCAUAGUGACGGGCACCGUGCGUCGUGGGAUGUAAUCCAACCUCGCUGGAAUAUCGAUAAAUCCGAGUCGUUUGAGGACUGGAUAUCCCUAGUAUAACCCUCAAGGAAGUCUUCGCAAUCGAUGAUUUGUGCGACCAUCGGAGAAUUUGAGUGCACUUUGCAGGGUUUCGUUUCAGCGAAAACGUCACAGGAUAAGCGCUAAGCUUCGUUAACGUUUCGAUUCAUUGAGGUCUAAAAAUGGAAGCGGCAGUGUCAGCUUGCUUGUUACAAGCUGUGGUCAUUUCAUUAUACCCGUGUUCAUAUAAAAAUCAGUGACGGGUUCAACCAAACGCAACACGCUCUCUCUCUCUCUCUCUUCCAAUCAUUUCACGACAUCUUCCAAUAUCAUGACUUUUUACGGAUUCUUACCCUAUUCUUACCCUCCGAAGCUCGUGGAACACGAAAUAACACUCAAAUUUGCCACAAGUUCGCCUUCUCGCCAAGCCUACGACAAUCUUCGGACACCGCGCGUGCCCGCCAGUGGUAUCCCUAUCGAGGUCGUGUUGACCAUCUUGGAGGCAGCGUACUUUGACAACAGAGAUGAUCCUGACGUCGAUCUUUUGAGCAACUGUGCACUUGUUUGCAAUGCAUGGUCGCUGCAUGCUCAAAAGCUCUUAUUUCGACGAGUUCGCCUCCGCUCGCAUUCGGCAUUUGCUUCAUUUACUCACGCUGUCGACCGGAGUUCUUUGCGUGGGAGAAUGCUCGGAGACGCCGUUAUUCAAAUGCGCGCAGUUCUUGAUCAUAACCAGCCUGGUUGCCUCAAGCAAUCGUCACUAGCUAUUGCAGUGGCUAAUUGCCCAAAUCUGUACGAGCUAGACAUUGCUCAGUACGGGUGUGUGACUCCUGGUAAAGAUGUCGUUGGAAGCCCCGCCCAGGAACGCAUGCGGCGUCCUGCCCCAUCUUUUGACGAGCAUUCUCUCGCAUUACUCAGUUCCGGCCCGCGCAUCACGGCUCUAAAUUUCAGCAACUGGUCGGAGAACGAUCAGUCUGUUCUCCAACUUCUCGAAGUUUGGCGUUCUUUGAAAUCACUCUCCAUCACUGGAACAUCUCCCGUUCUAUCUCCCGCCGUGACGUAUCCACCAUUCCCCUGCGCUCUGGAAGAACUGCGUUUGAACUGCCAAAGAGAACCUGCCAAGGAAUUCCUUGGUUGGCUCUUGCAUCGCUCCGCGGAAGAAAAGAGUUUACGGGUCAUUGACCUGGAACGUCAACCAAGCCCUGAGCUUUUAGACUUCCUCGUCGAGAAGCACGGCGAAACAUUGCACUCGCUUGCCAUUCCAUCUUUUGCCAUGCAUGACCACGCACACGCUGCAAUGCGCUGCCGCUCUCUUCGUGAGCUUCGCACCGAGAGCUCGUGGUCUUCUCCUGUCGUUUGCCGCCAAAUGCCAGAGACUAUACAGCACAUAGCAUUCGGGCUCGACCAGGAUACCAUUCUCAACCCUAUCAUUGAUCUCGUCAAGACUCGAGACGACUUACAAGCUGUCACAGUCAACCUUUGGCACGACGGCCACCAGCACCCGCAGCUCGCAUCUCUCCAGAUGGCGUGUGCAUACCGCGGUGUUGACCUCCGUCUAACACGGGACGUGCGAAGAAUGCGCUUGUUAGUAGUGAGUGAACAGCCUUCUUUCCUGCUGUAAAUUCACACUGAUCAACCGAAUAGCGCGGGGAUCCAGUUGUGCCGCCGACGUACCCGCGCACGCAGACUCUCGACAGUAUGCAGCUUGC